AUGGACAAGAAUACGAAAGAGAACCAUUCUGGAUACCCCAGUCGUGGUACGAAAACUACUAAUCCCAUUGGGGAUGGCCCGAAACGUGUCCCUGUGUCUCAGCAUUCUUCCCAGAGCCGGUUACUGAACAGUGGAGUUCAAGCACAACGUGUUCUGUGUCCUUCAAACUUUGCCCAGCGAGUUCCUGUACAAUCACAAAAAUCUGUACUGUCAAACCAAAAACUGUCUAAUAACCAGAUAACGCAGCAGCCCCGACCAAAGUUUCUGGUCCAACCAACUGCUAGGCCUCAGGUUCCAAGCAAGAGCAAUGAAAAACAUCAACAGGCUCCAAUACCUGCAAAAAAUUCUGAAGCAGAAAGCACCUCUAAACAGAAAAACGAAGAGACUGCUAAAAAGAAAAGUGAAGAGACUAAAAAGUAAUCAAAUCCCACACAAGUAUCUAGCUUUUAUAACUAUCUUUCCUCUUGCAGAAGGCAAUGGUCUCUUGAUGAUUUUGAAAUUGGUCGUCCUCUGGGGAAAGGAAAAUUUGGAAAUGUGUACCUGGCACGUGAAAAGCAGAGUAAAUUUAUUCUUGCACUGAAAGUGCUCUUUAAAACACAACUUGAGGAAGCCGGUGUAGAACAUCAACUACGAAGAGAAGUUGAAAUACAGUCUCAUCUUAGGCACCCCAACAUUCUCAGAUUAUAUGGCUACUUCCAUGAUGUUACAAGAGUCUACCUUAUUCUGGAGUAUGCACCUCGUGGAGAAGUCUACAAAGAACUUCAGAAGCUUACCAAGUUUGAUGAGCAAAGAACUGCUACUUACAUCACAGAACUAGCAGAUGCCCUAUCAUACUGUCAUUCAAAGAGUGUGAUUCACAGAGACAUCAAGCCAGAAAACUUGCUGCUUGGCUCAAAUGGAGAAUUAAAAAUUGCUGACUUUGGAUGGUCUGUGCAUGCUCCAUCGUCUAGGAGAACAACUCUCUGUGGGACACUUGACUACCUGCCUCCUGAAAUGAUUGAAGGAAGAACACAUGAUGAGAAGGUGGAUAUUUGGAGCCUGGGAGUUCUAUGCUAUGAAUUCCUGGUAGGGAAACCACCUUUUGAAGCAGAAACAUACCAGGAAACCUACAGAGCUAUUUCCAGGGUGGAAUUCAAGUUUCCUCCAUUGGUAACAGAAGGUGCGAGGGAUUUAAUUUCAAAGCUUCUGAAACAUAACCCAUUCCAUCGACUGCCCCUGAAGGAUGUACUUCUUCAUCCCUGGAUUACAGCAAACUCUACAAAGAUGCCCAACAGCAGAAAGAGUGAUGUUGCUGCCCCAUCCAGAACAUAGUGUUAGCAGGGGUAACCUCAUGGGAUCAACAAGAGGAGUCUUGUACUGUGACUACUGUAAUGCUUACAAUAGGAAAAGCAGGUCUUGGAAUCCAAUGGCAAUUGGAAUGCAAAUCUUUGGGUUGGCCAUCUUAAACUCUAAUUGCAAUGUAAAAUUAUUUGACUUUUAGCUGGAGCUGUGGAAU